AUGGAAAAGGAUUCGCUCGGUGGCAGCAAAUAUUUGCUGCUGAUCAUCGACGAAGCCAGUGGAUGCAUGAAGGGAUUUUGUCUACGAGUGAAGUCCGAGAGUGAAGACUACAUCCGGAAAUAUAUCACCAUGGUACAGACGCAAUUCUGUAAGAAGGUCAAGUUCGUGCGACACGACGGAGCUCGCGAGUUUGCAACCAACUCGCUUCAGCUGUUCUACGAAGACGAAGGCAUUGAACAGCAGACAACGGUGCCGUAUGCACAUCAAACAAACGGAACAGCAGAGCGUGCCAUUAGGACUAUUGUCACGAUCGGCCGCAGCAUGCUUCAUCAUGCCAAACUGGACAAGUGUUUCUGGGCCGAAGCAGCGAUGACGGCCAUCUACGUCAAGAAUCGACUGCCGUCACCUAAAGUCGUGCACAAGACCCCGUUUGAGAUCGUCUACAACUUGAAACCAAGCGUCAAGCACAUGCGAACAUUCGGAUGUCAGACGUACAUACUGACGCCUAAAGAGAAUCGACUCAAGUGGGAUCCAAAGGCUCGCGCUGGCAUAUUCGUGGGCUACGAAGAAGUUUCGAAGGCAUAUCGUGUUUAUGACAUCGAGGCGGGGCAGGUGGUUAUCAGCCGCGAUGUCAACUUCGACGAGUCCACCUUUGGACUUCAACUGCCGAUCACUGAUGAAGAUGUCGAUGACCUGGACUUCGAAUUGCUGGAUCUUGAUGACGAAGAGCUGCGUCAAAUGGAGUACAAGCAAACAGGCAAGCGCAAGAACCGACUCAAUGAUGAAGAUACAGCAGCUCCACGACCGCGUGCAGUGCGUCAACGACCAGGACUAGAAGAGUCAAGCGCACCGGAAAACAACUCGUCACGACAAGAAGAAGACGAAGAAACGAAGGAUUCUGGUGAUUCAACACCGCCUGUGUUUUGGCGUGCGAGUGCAAAUGCCGUUGAAGCAGCAGUGGACUUAUCAGAGCCCUCAACAUUUGAAGCAGCAGUAAGCGGCCCUGACCAAGUGCACUGGAGAAAAGCAAUUCAUGCAGAGCUCGAGUCAAUGCGACUUCGCGGUGUGUUUCGUGCAGCCAAGCUGCCCAACGGACAACGCGCCAUUGGCACAAAAUGGGUGUUCAAGAUCAAGCGCAAGGCGGAUGGAUCUAUCGAGAAGUACAAGGCACGACUUGUGGCCAAGGGUUUCCGCCAAAAGUAUGGCAUCGACUACACGGAGAAGUUUUCGCCUGUGGUCAAGUAUGUGACGCUGAGAAUGGUGAUCGCAAUUUCCAAGCAUUUUGGAUGGCCCAUCGACCAGCUUGAUGUGGUGACAGCUUUCCUGUAUGGCGUCAUGAAGGAACAAGUGUUCUGCGUGAUUCCUGAAGGCGUCGAACUUGACAGUACGUUCGACUGCCUCGAAUUGGUGAAGGCAAUUUACGGCCUGAAGCAAGCUUUGCGAGUAUGGAACGAGACUUUUGACGAGUGUGUGUUCCAUUGGAUUUCAAGUGUCAGGCUUCGACCCAUGUCUCUACAUCAAGACUUCGGACGGCCAUUGCGUGUUUAUACUGGUCUAUGUGGAUGA